AUGGCCCGCACCAAGCAGACAGCCCGAAAGUCGACCGGUGGUAAGGCGCCGCGCAAGCAGCUCGCCACCAAGGCCGCCCGCAAGUCGGCCCCGGCCGCCGGCGGUGUCAAGAAGCCCCACCGUUACAAGCCCGGUACCGUCGCCCUGCGUGAGAUCCGUCGCUACCAGAAGUCGACGGAGCUCCUCAUCCGCAAGCUCCCCUUCCAGCGUCUCGUCCGCGAGAUUGCCCAGGACUUUAAGACCGACCUGCGCUUCCAGUCGUCGGCCAUCGGAGCCCUGCAGGAGGCCGCCGAGGCCUACCUCGUCUCGCUCUUCGAGGACACCAACCUGGCCGCGAUCCACGCCAAGCGUGUCACGAUCCAGCCCAAGGACAUCGCCCUCGCCCGCCGUCUGCGCGGCGAGCGCUCGUAA